AUGCCCCUGUACCAUCCAAGCUCCCUCACACGUUACACCCGAGAUGGCAUGGCACGCUAUCCUCUUACAACCACAACAACCAACCAGCUUUUGCUUUGUUUUUACCAAGACCGGUUAGGCUCAUCCUCCAAAUUAUUUUGGGCUAUGACGGUAAUGUUUCUCCCACAAGAGAUCUUUGGACCAUCAUCGGCAUACGAAUACCUUGAUUCACCCAUUGCUAGACAUCCCACCCUUUGUCCCCCCGAUUCAGUUGAUACAGUAGACCAUUUAAAAGAUAUCCCCAAUAAAAACCAUUAG